GAAGUGUCUGGAUGUGGUCGCCGGUGUCCUAGCGCCCGUCUCCUCCGCCUCUCUGGCGGUGAGUGGUUCCACCGCUAGGAGGAGCUGUUCUCAACACUCGACACCAGCCGCGGGGCGCGGAGCUGCUGGUUCAGUUUCAACUCGACUCAUGGCUCAGAGGUGACGGACACAGUUCAGGUCCUCGUUUAUUAUUCGCUUCCUUUUCUUUUCUUUUUGUCUUGUUUGUCAAAGUCUUCGUCGCUCGUGUGGUUUCCCGCCGACCGUCUCCCGCAGCAGGACCCAGUGCGCAGCAGCAACGCCCCGGGGCCGACAUUAAGGACUCACUAUGUCUGAUUGGGAAUAUGAUUACCUCAUCAAAUUCCUAGCGCUCGGUGACUCUGGCGUGGGAAAAACAAGCUUCCUCUACCAAUACACAGAUGGCAAUUUUAACUCCAAGUUCAUCACCACAGUCGGGAUCGACUUCAGAGAAAAAAGAGUGGUCUACAAAUCAACAGGUCCAGAUGGAUCUUCAGGUCGAGGGCAGAAGAUCCACAUGCAGCUGUGGGACACUGCAGGACAGGAGAGGUUUCGUAGUUUGACGACGGCAUUCUUCAGAGAUGCAAUGGGCUUCCUCCUCCUGUUUGACCUCUCAAAUGAGCAAAGUUUCCUCAACGUCAGAAACUGGAUGAGUCAGUUACAGGUUCAUGCAUACUGUGAAAAUCCAGACAUUGUUCUAUGUGGCAACAAAUGUGACCUGACAGAUCAGAGAGCAGUCAGUGAAGAAGAGGCGCGUGAGCUGGCAGAGAAAAUCCCAUACUUUGAGACAAGUGCUGCAAACGGGCAGAAUGUGAACGAGGCUGUGGACGUGCUGCUGGAUCUUAUCAUGAAGAGGAUGGAGCGAUGUGUUGACAAGUCCUGGAUCCCCGACGGGACUGUCCGAGCUAAUGGACCCAACAACCCAGACAUCUCCGAGACCCCGGACAGGAGCAAAUGUGGAUGUUAGACUGAUGAGGAGUCAUUUUAGUUACAAGUGUCCAUAACACUGUUGGAAAAAAAGUUGUUCAAUGUUUCACAAAGUGAGAGUAUAGAUGUGUUAGGUCAAACUUAACAUUGAUUUGUCUCCGUUGCCCCACAAACUGUAUAUACUUUAAUUGACAUGCUAUAUUAUUUGUCAGUACAGAUUUAAGUGCCUUUGAAAAUUGACAUUUCCUCUAGGAUAAAUGUAUUUAAUGAAUUUUCAUUGUUAAAAUUGAAAAUGUAUUGCCAAACAUCCAACUUUGCUCAUCGGUUGAAUUUGCUGAUGGUAUUUUCAGGGAUGAACUUUGUGCUCCAUGUUUCGGCAAAGAAGGCUGCCCUGCCAGAUGUGCUAUAAAUAUACUGUUUCCACUUUCUGUAAGGUUAGCGUGGAUUCACUCGUAGUAACUCAAGAUAGAAGUCCCCUCUAUUUGUCUUUCUACAGCAAGAUAAAUAUUGACUGUGAUACCUGCAGUCACUGUUUGUUAGUGGAGAGAAACUGGCUGAGAUUGUACUUUUAGGAAACUUUAUGUAACCAUUUAUUUACUACUGAUGAUCUACUGAACGUCCAGCUGAAUACUACAACCUCACCUGUGCCACUGCCAGAAAAAGUAUACCUCACAUUAGCCAUCCAGCAUAAAAAUACAAAUGUGUUUCUAGACUUAAAUUUACCUUUUCAACUAAAAUAUCAGCUUUGGGGACAAUUCAUUCUCUUGUAAUUAAGCUCAAUGACUCAGGUUUUAUCAUUUUAUUUUUUUCAAUGAAAAGUUCCCACUGCCUCCAUGGUAAAAAAGUGUUACCCCUAAUGACAUACCUUGAGAUUGUGGAGUUGAAGUUACAUCGUCAACAUUGCAAUAGUUUAAUGACUCCCUGCUCCCAGAAUCUUACUUUGUGAACGAUCCCAGGAUCCAGUCCCCUGCAGUGCUGAAUUUGAUCAUUAUUCAGUUGAUACAGUUAAAUAAAUUUUUAAUUAUAUGCUGUAUUUUUCUUAGGUGAGAGUCCUGAUAUACACACAUGCACAGAUAGAUAAUAAAUGCUCAUGAAUUAUUACAGGGGUUCCCACGCAGUGGUGGGCUGCCUUGCUUGAAACAAAGACCCUCUCUGCUGACAUCGUAAGAAAAUAAUAAUACACUUUUAAACAUUAUAUUCAGGGAAAAGGAGCUAAGGUGCCACUUAAUGUGACCAUAUAAGCAAUAUUACAGUACAAUAGCCAAUCUGUUGAUUUUGAUAGAUAUUGUAAUGGUUUUAUAAAUUAGGAAAUCAAAUUGGGACUGCUUUUCAGUGUACCUUAUGGGAUGCAUUUAAAAUCCUAUUCCUCAAAUCAAUUUAUAAUACCACUUCACUUCAUAUUUCACAAAAAUGGAGAGUAUUUACACAGGAUUUUUGAGAAUAUUUGUCUGAAAUGUAUUUAAUAAUAUCACACAAAUGGUAUUACACUGUUAUUGUUUCUGUUUUCUUUUCCAGUGUUUCAAUCCCAAUAACAAAAUCUCUAAUUUUAAUUUGAUCAUAUUAGUUAAGACAAUAUAUAAUAUUUCAUGUCAAUGGUAUCACACUUGCAUUUGCAAAAGAUGUAAAUUUUGUCCAAAAAUAAACACUUUAUUUAUGUA